UUAUAAAUGUCCUCCCCGCCCUCUGCUUGGGCGCGCUCCCUGGGAGCGCGCAGCACCGCGAUCACCGAUCGUUGUACGGGACCUCUGUGUGAGGUCCCGAUCAUGUGAUCACUGAUUGGCCAAUCAUGAAAUCUGUGAAUGAUCACAGAGAUCACAUGGUACAAGGCUAUUCACAACAGCCUUGUACCAUGUGACAAGCUGUGACCAAUCACAGCUCACACAGUA